AGAAAAACAGAUGUCACAUGACUCGCGGGCUCAUUCCUCCUCAACAUGGCUGUGGGCUCGCUGCGGCUCUGCGUUGCGGCGCUGCUGCUCGUCCUCGGCGGGGUUUGGAGCUUCCCUCUCGGCCAAGAAGGCGACCGAACGCCCCCCACCUGCGGAUACGAGUCAUGUCACGUCACCGAGCCCAACAUGCUGAACGUCCACCUGGUCCCUCACACGCACGAUGACGUCGGCUGGCUCAAGACCGUCGACCAGUACUUCUAUGGAGACCGUAACGACAUCCAGCAUGCGGGGGUGCAGUACAUCCUGGACUCGGUGGUGGAUCAGCUGCUGAAGAACCCCGACAGGAGGUUCAUCUACGUGGAGACGGCGUUCUUCUACCGCUGGUGGAAGCAGCAGAGCGCCGACAUGCAGCAGACCGUCAAACAGCUGGUGAACGAAGGACGUCUGGAGUUUGUGAAUGGCGGCUGGUGCAUGAGCGACGAGGCCACCACCCACUACAGCGCCGUCAUCGACCAGAUGACCAUGGGCCUGAGGUUCCUCAACGACACGUUUGGGCCGUGUGGUCGUCCCCGCGUCGCCUGGCACAUCGACCCCUUCGGCCACGCCCGCGAGCACGCCUCCAUGUUCGCUCAGAUGGGGUACGACGGCUUCUUCUUUGGCCGCCUGGAUUACCAGGACCGGGAUCGCAGGAGGGGGGCGCGGGAGCAGGAGCUUCUGUGGAGGGCCUCCGAAAGCCUCGCCCCCCCCAUGGCCGACCUCUUCACGGGGAUUCUCCCCAAUGGGUACAACCCCCCCGAUGGCUUCUGCUGGGACCAGUCCUGUGACGAUCCACCAAUCAGAGACGACCCCGAGCUGGAGGACUACAACGUGGACGAUGUGGUGAGGCGCUUCAUCGCCAUCGCCAACAAGCAGGCCAAGAUGUAUAAGACCAACCACAUCAUCAUGACCAUGGGCUCGGACUUCCAGUACGAGAACGCCAACCUGUGGUACAAGAACCUGGACAAGCUGAUCCGCUACGUCAACGCGCAGCAGGCGCACGGCGGGCGGGUCAACGUGCUCUACUCCACGCCGUCCUGCUACCUGCAGGAGCUGCACAGGGCCAACCUCACCUGGGCUUUGAAGACGGACGAUUUCUUCCCCUACGCGGACGCCGCUCACGACUACUGGACCGGAUACUUCACCAGCCGGCCGGCGCUGAAGCGCCACGAGAGGGUCAGCAACGGCCACCUGCAGACGUGUAACCAGCUGGAGGUUCUGGGCGGUCCGAUCUCCAGGAACGGACCCUUUGGACAAGGCGACAGCGAGACCUUGAAGAAAGCCAUGGCGGUGGCUCAGCAUCACGACGCGGUGUCCGGCACGGAGAAGCAACACGUCGCCGACGACUACGGCAGGAGGCUGGCGAGCGGCUGGCAGCGCUGUCAGGUCCUGGUGAGUAACAGCCUGGCGGCUCUGAGCGGCUCGACUGCCGAGCGGAUCUACUGCGACAGCCUCAACGUCAGCGUGUGUCCCCUGACCGAGUCCAGCAAGAAGUUCUCAGUCAACGUGUACAACCCUCUGGUUCGGUCCGUCUCGUGGCCGGUCAGGCUGCCGGUGAAGGGAACAUCGUACAAAGUCUCUGACGCUGAAGGACGACCUGUGGACUGCCAGGUGGUUCCGGUGUCGGCAGAGACGCAGGCGGUGAGGAGGAGCCGAGGCUCCGCCCCCAACGAGCUGGUGUUCCAGGUGCAGGCUCCUCCUCUGGGCUUCAACACCUACUCCGUGUCCCUGCUCCAGGACGGGCCUCCGCCGGCCCCCACGCGGCGCCGCACGCCCACCGCCAUCCAGAACCAGUUCCUACAAGCGACCUUUGACCCCGCCACCGGCCUCUUGAGCGGCCUCAGCAACCUGGAGACCAAACAGACCAUAAAGCUGACUCAGAACUUCUUCUGGUACAACGCCAGCGACGGACACAACUCCAAGAGCAACCAGCCCUCGGGGGCCUACAUCUUCAGACCCAACUCCUCCACCCCGUUCCUCGUCAGCCCGACGGCCAAGACGGAGGUCGUCCAGACCCCCCUGCUGCAGGAGGUCAGGCAGUGGUUCUCCCCCUGGGUGUCUCAGGUGGUUCGUCUCCACGCCGACAGCAGAGCUCUGGAGCUGGAGUGGACCGUCGGCCCGGUGCCCAUCCAGGACCACUUGGGGAAAGAGGUGAUCACUCGUCUGGACACCAGCAUCAAAAGCGCAGAGUAUUUCUACACCGACUCCAACGGCAGAGAGGUGCUGCAGAGGAAGAAAGACUUCCGGCCCACCUGGACGCUCCGGCAGUCUGAGCCCGUCGCUGGGAACUAUCACCCCAUCAACUCCCGCGCCUUCAUCAAGGACGAUGAGGACCAACUCACGGUGGUGACGGAUCGCUCUCAGGGGGGAGGCAGCCUCCACAACGGCUCUCUGGAGAUCAUGCUGCACCGCCGGCUGCUGUACGACGACGUGCGCGGCGUGGCCGAGCCGCUCAACGAGACCUCCUCGGUGUUCCCGGAGGGGCUGGUGGUCCGAGGCCGCCUCCUCCUCUCCCUCCAGCGCCCGGCCGGCGCCGCCGACGCCCACCGGCCGCUGGCCCAGCAGGAGGUGCUGCAGCCCACGCUCACCUUCACCGACGGGGAGCUGCACCCCAACACUCGGCUGCAGUUCUCCGGGCUGCAGGCUGCGCUGCCCCCUGCUGUGCACCUGCUCACGCUGACCCGGUGGGACGAGGACUCGGUGCUGCUGAGACUGGAGCAUCAGUUCCAGAGGAGGGAGAGCAAAGUGAACUCGGGGCCGGUCACAGUCAACCUGCAGAAGCUGUUUUCCACUCUGGAGGUGCUGGGAGCGUCUGAGCUGAACCUGUCGGCCAAUCAGUGGAAAGACCAGAUGAGGCGCUUGGAUUGGACGCCACAGACGGAGGAGAAGCCCCUGCUGAAGAGGGCUGGAGACCCCUCGGCGCUGGAGGUGACCUUGAUGCCGAUGGAGAUCAGAACCUUUCUGCUGAGGGUCAGAUAGCUUUGACCUUCGACCCCUGCUUCUCGUGACACAAACAGAAGCUGCCUUUUCAUUGUAGAUACUGAUGAUCCCAAAUAUCACAAUCACAGAAAUCCUUAAAGACCUUUGAUUCCCAACAGGAGCCGACUGACGUGUUUCUGCCAAUAAGUGUAUAGUUUGAACAUAAAUUUUAUACUGAUCAAUAAAAUCUUUUUUACUGUC